UUUAUCUCUUCUGCUCUAAUUCACCGACCAGAUAAGAGCACAGCUCAAUGUAUCCUUUCUCUCUCUGUCACUCGCUACCUCUCUCCACCACACACACUCACACACACACACUCACACGCGCGCGCGCGCCGCAGCCGCAUGCGUCCGUCCUCGCGCCAGCGGGUGGCCGCCUGGCUGCUCGCGCUGCCGUCGGGGAGCGGCGGGGAGGAGUGCGCGCGCCGCGGCCGCCUGGAGAUGAUCUCGUUCUGGCUGCUGUGCUGGAAGCUGUUGAGAGCCACAGCUGGUGUGAGGAGGACAACAGCUGAGCUAACUGACGGUAACCCCGACAACGGCAGCUCUGGCAACAGUCACCCUGUGGACGAUUCUUCCAAUCCUACACAGCCGACGGAUCCAGUUACCAUGGAGAUCAGCUCCUCACCACCACUAGCAGACCUGGAGAGAGACAACCUUUUCAACUUCCACAACCAGGAAGUGGAGGAACUCCAGUACCCAGAGUUCCACGGGUUGGAAGAAGAUGCAGAGGGAGAAGAUGGAAAAAGGGAAGGAGACGAGUGUGACUAUCUUGUUUUUGAGAUAGAAGAAAGAGGAGGUGAAAGUGAAGAGGGACAAGACGCAGCGAGAGGAGAAAAGGAGGGAGGAAGAGGAGAAAUUGAGGGAGAGGAUGAACUGAGAGGAGAGAUAGAAGGAGAAGAAGGGAGAGGAGAAACAGAGGGGGAAGUUGAAGAAAGUGGAGAAAUCGAAUUUGAAGACAAAGAUAGGGGAGAAGUCAAGGGAGACGAUGGAAGUAAGGUAGAAACCGAGAGCAAAGAUUGUGGGAGCAGAGAGAUAGAGGGAGAAGAUGAAGGAAGUGGAGAAGCAGAGGGAGCGGGAAAAGAAGAUGCUCUGUCGGAGCUUCUCUUCUUCUCCGACAGUCCACUGUGCCCCCCGUCCUCCUCCGAACACCCGACUGUCACCUCAGAGCAGCCAGCGGAGUCGGCCCUGUUGCAGGAUGCCUGGGUUCACGACCUGGGCGACAGGGAUGACCUCAGCGACGGUCACCUGAGCGACUGUCUCCAGGCAGAGUUGGCCGUCGUGUACUCGGACAGUGACGCCGGAGACGACCAGUGGGCGUCCUUCACGGCCACGGAGGUCAGCCAGCAGGAGCAAACGUGCGAUGGAGAGAGCAAGCAAGAGGAGAGAAGAGAGGGGGAAACAGAGGAGGAGAGGAGGGGAGGCAGGGAUGAUGAUGAUGGUGAUGAUCAGCAGCAGACGAUGAGGAGAGAGCUUUUCUUGCAGUCUCCUUCUGCCAGCUCCACAGCCAGCUCCUCGGACCCUGACAAGAGGGCUCCUGCGGAUUUCUGCGUGCACCAGGAGACGCUCAGUGCCAACGUCUCCACCGAGCAUGUCGACUUUCUGCUGGCCCGCCGGCAGUGGAAGAAGAUGGAGGAGGAUGUCAAAGGUCAGCCCAUCCCCAAACCGGGGCUCAGGGCUCAGGGGAGCUUCCAGGGCACCCACACGUCACUGUACCCCCCAACGCGCAGCCCCCGACUCAAACACAGGGAUAUCCAUCCACCAAUGCCCCGGGAGCCGCCGCUGUCCUCCACUCUGUCCCCCAGUUCAGAGGACUCGGGCCUGGAUGACCCGUCGUACCGCAGCCCCCUGGAGGAGCCCGAGAGCGCCGUGGAGAGAGAGAUACGACUGACUCUGGAGAGAGAAGAGAGGCACCGCAGGGAGAGGGGGAGGAUUGCACAGGGUCUGACUGUACCCAGACCAUCCAGCCUGCAGACAGGACGCUCUCCACCCCGACCUCCUGCCUGCCGCACCCCCACUCUGUCCGUCUCUCCUUCCCCUCCCUGCUCCUCUACCCUCCCCCGAUCCGUCUACCAUGAAAUGACCGCCAACAACGUCAUCAUCCUGGAGCCCGACUCCUCCAGCUCCGCCUCCAGGAGCCGCCUACUCUCCUCCGCAAUCGGGGGUCUCUCCGAUUGGCCGAUGAGCCUGGACGCGGUGCCCUCGGCCAACGUCAUCGUCGUGGAAACCUCCAACUUGAUCAUUCGCAGCGCCUCCGAGUUCUGCCUGAGCGCCGCCGUCGCCGCCGCCCCGGUCACGCUGGAGACGCAGGAGAGCACUUUCUCGUCCAAUCCGUUCUUCAAGCUGCGCUCGCUCAGCAGCCAGUCGCUUGUGGAACGGGAGAUCAGGAUGGUGAAGCAGAGGGAGGAGGAGUGGAGGAGGCAGAGGGAGGAGAUGUGGAGGAGGAGGAGAGAGGAGGAGUGGAGGAGAGGGAGGGAGAGGUACGAAACUGUGCUGGUGUCUCCAGGCCUGAAUGAUAACAUCAGCUUCAAUGUGCCAGAGGUUCCAGACAGAUGUGUCUCCUCCCCUUCAUCCCCGUCCAGAAUCCGCAAAAUGGAACGAUCCAGUUUGUCUUGUGACCAUAAGUUCCCCGCUUUCCUCUCUUCAGUGCCUCAACGACAGAACGCCAUGGCACAGAGAUGGGAGGCCUCCCUUUUAGCCAAUCAGAAGAAGGAGUGAGCAGGGCAGCGUUCGACACACCAUCGCUUAUUCCUCACUUUGCGCUUAACACUCACACAUUCCUGUCCUUCAGCGAUGUGCUGCAGUGAACUAUGAGUUCUGUUCACUGGUUUGACACAUUAAGAUUACUGUACUGACCGGGUCUGGGUUCACAUAUUUUAGUUGUUGAAAAAGUGAAAUAAUGAUUUUCUGCAUGCUGUCUAUGUAACAGUAUGACAAUGGAAGGUGAAAUGCUUUUCUUAUACAUAUAUUAAGAUCUUUCUGUGGCACAUUACUUGAGGGUGUAUCAAAAUAAUAACCGAGUAUAAAAUUGUAACCUUAAUAAUACCAGUUUUGACUUGGACCAAAGUUAUCUAUAGUGAUUUAUGCUGCGUUCCAUUAUACUUCGGAGCUCGGAACUCGGGUUUAUCGUUCCAGAAAAAUCUCGGAACUCGGAAUAACGACCUCCGAGGUAUAGUGGAACGCAGCAAAACUUUGGGAACUGGUAUCAAACACUUCUGCAUUCUCCUUUAAUAUUCACUGCACUUUCAUUUUCUAGAUGUGAAAAAUUGCACUGGUGCAACUAUUUAUUGAUACUGAUUGAUUUUUUAGUACUGUGACUGACUGUAAUACAGUGAUUUUCAAAGCUUUCCUGGGCAGUUAUACAUCAAUUUCUGACUUUUGAUUUAAUGCGUUCAUAAUUUAAAGUGAGACAUUUGAAAGCAUAUGUUUAUUUUAAAAUGCAUUGGAGAGAUUCCAGGGACAUGCUAAAAAUAAUAAGCAUGUUGUUCUUUUCAUAUGGCAAAAUGUAUUUUAAAGGUUCCAAUCCAGACUUUGAAAAUCACUGCCUUAGUAAAAAUUUUAUUAUGGACCAGAUUUCCUGCGCAGCCACCAAACAAUGAUCAUAGAAUAUAAUCUGGGUCACAUUGUACCAUAUAGACUUCAGUCACUCAAGGCAGCCGCAUUCACUUCUGAAGAUAUACAGUAGGGCUACAUCUGCUAACAAAAAGGUAAUUAUAGCACAUAAGAGUCUGUGUGUUCAGACUGAAUGCUCACUCACGAGCCCGAAACUGAGCAACUGAGGAGGCCACACACUCAUGCUGUGUUCCAUUGUACCUCGGAACUUGGAGCUCGGAAGUCAGGGUCAUCAUUCUGUCGUAAUCUUGGAAUUCAUGCUGCCUUCACAUGCUAGUUGGAAGAUCCACAUUCUCACGUGGGAAGUUGGAAUUACCAGAAUGUCAAGUUCAAGUACUUUUCUAUCGGAACGAAAUUGAAAAAAUGGCGAAAUGGCUUUUGUAAUAACUUUGCACCACGCUAGCAGACUAUAAACCAUUUGUUAUGGAUAGAACAAGUCGGCAACUCGUAUUUACCAUAAUUCCGUAAGCAUAUGAAGGGAGCAUUACACUCUGAAGGUCAGAGGACAUUCAUACGGAAGCUGAGAUGAAUGGCCGUGUUUUCAAUUUUUUUUUAUCUUGAGAUAAGAACUUAUAAUCUUGUUAUGACGAGUUAUUAUCUGAACGAGUUAUUAUCUCGUUAUAAUGACUUACCAUCUCGAGAUAACGAGUAACGAGUUAUAAUCUCGAAAUAACUAGUUGUUAUCUUGUUAUAACGAGUUAUUAUCUCAAGAUAACGACUUAUAAUCUCGUUAUGAUGAGUUAUCAUCUCAAGAUAGUUUUCUUGUGAUAGCAAGAUAAUAAUUCUUUAUAACAAUACAAUAACUCGUCAUCUUGAAAUACCGGCAAUUUAAAAAAAAACUUGCGAGCAACAUUCACCACCCUGACUUCCCAGUAUAAUGGAACGCAGCAUUCUUCUGAGGCUACUUCGUUGUUCUGCCAAAAGAGAGCGACGUGCUCCUAGUUUAAAACUAACAUAUGUUGCCAGCUAACUUGAAGCCGACGUUUGCAGUUUGGGCUGAAACUCUCCAGCCGACACACAAAAAUCCACAUUCAGUCUGAACACACCUUUAUAAUAAGGUCAAAUCUUUGUUUGAUUUUUGUGGAUGUCAUUACUACAUUUACAGCUCAAAUGUUUUUUUGUUUUAGGAGUAUUAAUGUGGUGCGUAUAGCAUAGCCCUGUCUUUCUCCAUAGACUCCGUCUAUCUGUGGCUCUGCUGCUAUGGCGACAAAAGCAACACUUCCGAAUGAAUCCGAUAUUCUAACCCUAAUGUCUAGUGAAGAUUUUUACAUAUUUUUAUGUCCUGUCUUGAUUCCUAAAAAACAGAUUUAUCGUCUUGUAUUUUUGCUGCAUAUAUUUAUGAAUUGAGCAGUGCUUAUAUAUAUAUAUAUCUAUCUAUAUAUAGAUAGAUAUAUAUAGAUAGAUAGAUAUAUAUCCUUGGAGCUUUUAUUUGUAAAAGUUUUUAAUAUAUUGCGUCAGAAGGACUAACUGAAAUUGGAAGUCUGCCAUGUAUUUUCAAUGAGACGAGGUUGGUGCGUGGUGUAUGCAUGUGUGUAAGAUUGUGUAUAAGAAGCUGGUCGGCUCCAGAACGAGCUCACUCCCUGGACAGUCAGCUCAGAAAUGGGAUGACUGCCAAGGUGAAGUCCCUGCUAGCGGCAGCGGUUUCCGCUGUCAUCACUAUGUCGUGAGAAGAGCCGCACACGGAGGCCUGUCCGAACAGACGGUCACGUGGGGAUCUACUCACUUAAUUUGGCUCACUCACAUUUUUUUUUUACACACAGAAUUGUUGCAUCUCAGGGCCGGAAUGAAACGAUGACUGUAUCGGCCUACACGUUCAGGUGGAUGAUUAUGAGUUGUGUUGGAGUUCGGCGUGUCGGUGUGUCACUGUCACUUUAAUAACCUGUACGAUGGCCCAUAUUAAGCACUACCGCUACGCUCAGUGUCGGCCCUGUGAUGUCAUCGGAGUCGGGGGUCUUGUGUUCACAUUCCAUACCUGGUUUGACUUCGGUUGUAGCUUUUGUGCACUUCAUGCUGUUUUACUAGUCUGGAGUAGUUCUAGUUUGGAGGAGAAAGUAUUUAGUCGUAAUGUUCUUUUACUUUUUCAGAUUUUCACUUGUCAGGUGUGUUGGUGUUCAUACCAACUCUGAACUCAUACAAACAGCUGACCUGACUAUUGCACCAUUUCCUCACUAGUGUCAUUUAUUCUGCUUCUCAAUAUUACUUUUGUUCAUUUGAGUUUCCAGUUAUUUAUUAUUGCCAAAUUAAAGGUCUCAAAGGUGAUGCCCUCUUCAAUAAAGCGUGUGACUCCUGAAAACUC